AUGGAGACCUCCACAAUUCCUAAGUGAGUGCUACAGCCGACUGAAGGUCUGAUUAGUUUUUGAGAUUCCACGUACAGUCUAGUUAUCGAUCUCAAUGCUUGUUUCAGCUCUGCUACCUAAUUAGGUGAAUUUGUUCAUAGAUACGUGGCCAGUCCCACUGACGCUUCUCCUGAAGUCGCUACAUUCACCGGAUAUCGCAGGCUGAUACACUGCCACUGCAUCCUGUGUGACGACGGUCAGUCUGAGGUUAUUGAAACCUAAGCCAAAGAAAUCCGCGCUUCGCUGCGUGACCACCUUCUUCGUCUUGUUCUGUGCGCAAUCGCACGAGAACAGAAAGUUUUGAAUACUGCCCCUCCGGGUUCCCGCAUAUACCUUCAGUCCAUGCUUCGCCGCGAAGGUCUCCGAGACUGUCCCAUCACUGGCUACGCGAGCCAUAAUUCGCCAUGUACUUGGAUUUGCGUUUUUUUGCGGAUGACGAACGGAGAAGGUCGUGCCGAUGGUUUUGCGGUUCCUUCGAGAUUCAUGCUGACUUUCGGUGAAAAGUUUUUGCUCUAGGUGCAGGUUCGGGUGUUUUAGAAGGGCACUGACGAAGAUUAUGUCUAUAAUAUUCAAGAGGGGGAUACGUCUGUGCUUGUUAAGUAAUUGCGAUCCUCCUGUGCUUGUAUAAGCAGACAUUAGUGCCGUAUUCGGAGUUCCAUUGGACUAAUUCUUCUCACCACGUCUCUUGGAAUGGUGAUGCAAAUUUUUGAUGGGCUAAAGACCACAGUACUUGUAUAUUUUAGUUGCAAGUGGGUUGGCCUGGUGUGUUCUCGGUGAUCGCAAAAUGCCCUUUUCAAUAGAAAAUUUCCUGGAAUGGUAGAGGGACGCUCACCGAUCGUUUUUACGGAACUCACUCGUCCCCUUGUGCCUUACGGGCUCUCUCUUAAGUCCAACCAGCAACCGCACAGCGACGCAUGAUAUAGGUAGAAUGUUAUUACCGACAAAGACAGUCUGCCUAUAUCAUGCGUCGCUGUUUGGCUGCUGGUUGAGCUCAAGAGAGAGCCCGUAAGGCACAAGGGGACGAGUGAAUUCCGUAAAAACGAUCGGUGAGCGUCCCACUCUACUAUUAUAUAUUGCUAAUGGCAACCUGCAGGACAAAGAGCCCGUGGCUCAGUGGUUAGAGACAUUGGACUUCUAAUAUCUAAAUACUUCAAAUCUAAAUAUUAUUCUUUAUCUGCUUUUGAAAACUAAUACCAAGUUAAAGGCGCAAAGGGAGUUGCGCGCACCGAUCACGUUUUUCCUUGAAACAUUCGGAGCCAGAGCUCUCAUAGACAACCCCAUAACGUCAGUCUGCAAAUUAUCUGUGAAGUCCCACUCAAAUUACCGUUUCUGAAUUAGUUGUCAUCAACACCUAACCAUACCCCAACAGCAGGCCGCGAGGACUUUAGAUACGAGGCCUGAUGUCGGCAGGUAAGCUAUAGUUAAUUAUUUCAGUCUACCCUACAGUAGGUGGGCUAACUCAUGAAAUGUCAACCGAAAUUCCGAAAUGUGUUUUCGGUUCGAAAAGAUUAAUUAAGUUGGGUUGUAGAACUAGUCAUCAUGCAGCAUAAUUCUAUAAUAAUUCAGUUACCUCAGGAUGCCGGAUUUUGAGCGCACUUCUUUUCGCCUGCACGCAAAAACUACACCCCGUAAAAAACGACUACUAUGUGGCAUGCAUUUUUCUCAUCGAUUUUCGAUAUCCUUAAAGAUUCAAUUAUAUUUCAUGAGAAACAAGCAUAAAAAUAUUCAUUCUUUUGCUCAUUCGGUGGGAAAUUACGUCUUCUUCCAAUUUUAUACUCGAAGGAAGGAUGCAAUUCGGUUUUAAAAAAAGUUUCAAACUGCGAGAUAUUUUACUACCGUGAAAUGGCCGUUCAUAAAACUUCAUGUCUCUGCAUUUACCAAUAUGGCUCGUAAAGUUAACAAUAUGGCUCAAAUCCACUGCUAAAUGUUAUGAACCCCGAAUGAAGGCGAAAUUUCGAGUUUCAGGUGUAUGCAUAAAUGAAGAAGAAGAUGUAAGCCCCGGAACACCUCCUUUAUUGUCCUGGGCUUUCAGACUCGUGCAGGAGUUCACCGUCAGAGGUAGUAGCAGCAACAGAACAAGCGACAGUUAUAAGGCAUGUAGGCCAAUCAUCGACCGACGGCGCAAGACUGGAGGUGACUGCGCAGGGCUCUGUACGCCGGCGCCAGAUCGAUAAAUCAAUUGGCCGAGCUCUCAUCCGAGGCCCAGGCUUCAAUAAAUUCUCGGCCUGUUUUGUUUACGGUGUGGGCGACUAUUUUGGUGGCUGCAAAGUUAAAUUCGUGACCCAUUUCGUAGGUGUGGGCGGCCACUUGUGAUAAUGCGUCGCCUCGCCGCGCAGCCAGCUUAUGUUCGUGUAUGCGCGUUCCGAGCAUGCGCCCAGUCUGUCCUGUGUAGUUACAAGGACAAUUUUGACACGGAAUGCGAUACACUACUCCAUAUUGCUCUUCAGGUUUUAACCUGUCUUUGAUUUUCAUGACCCUGCUGCGCAUGGUGGCUUUGGGGCGGUGUGCAAUUCCAACACCUAACUCCGCAGCAAUGCGCUCGGUCGCUUCUGAAACCCCCUUGAUAUAUGGCAGAAAAUGCCAUAUCGUCCGUGGCGUUGAUGUUCGAAUUCUCUGGUGGCGACCGCGUAGGCAGCGACUUAUGAAUGCCCUCGGAUAGCCAUUUUGCGCAAACUGGUCGCGGAGAUAACGGGCCUCACGUGCUCUGUCCUCCGGUUUGCUGCAAUGACUUUAGAUCCGUUUGAAGAGCGUCUUCACACAGCUUCGUCUGUGAGCCACUGGAUGGUUGCUGUGAAAACUGAGAAGCUGUGUGGUAUGAACCCCACAUGGUCUCCUCUUAAUACCAUAGGGAAAUUAAUGGUUUUCAGUACACGAAAAAUAUAUGGCUUGUUGUUUGGAAACUCUGAAUGCAAGUGUAACGGUAGUUCGGGGUUAAAAAUUAUUCAGGAAUUGGAAAAGUUUUUAAAACCCGAUUUAUACCCUUCCUUCGAGUAUAAAAUUAGAAGAAAACGUAAUUUUCUACAGAAUGAGCAAAAGAAUGAAUAUUUGUAUGCAUGUUUCUCAUGAAAUAUAAUUGAAUUUUUAAUGGCAUCUAACAUCAAUGAGAAAAAUGCAUGCUACUGAAGUAGUCACUUUUUGCAGAGCAUAGUUCCUGCAUGCAGGCAAAAAGAAGUUCGUUCAGAAUCUGGCAUCCUGAGGUAACUGAAUUAUUAUAGAAUUAUGCUGCAUGAUGACUAGUUCUACAACCCAACUUAAUUAAUCUUUUCGAAACGAAAACGCAUUUCGGAGUUUCGGUUGACAUUUCAUGAGCUAGCCCAGUUACUGUACCUCUGCUUUACACCCGACUUGAAACAACCACUUCGGGUCGAUGAGCCGCAGGGGCAAUUCUAAAGCAUCAUUGUACUGUACUGAGGGUCAAUGAGUAUUUUGAAAUUGGCGGUGCAGGCAACAAUCCCCUAAUUAAACCCUCUUCAAAAAUCUUGCAGGCGUCCUACCCCGACCCCUACCAACUGUAGAUUUCAACAUUAAUGUGAUCUUCAAAGCAGAGUUAAAGUAACCCUUACGGUUUGAAACCGGGAUAUUUUGUAAAAGCUAAUUAGGGCAAUUCGUUAAGCUGCGGAAGUCUGCGAGGUUUCCGGAAUCCGGGGCUUUAAGACCGCUCGUACUCCAUCAGCCAUCAGCGUAAUGUAGAGGAGCCCGCUUUAACGUACAAUGAACGGACGUGAUCGCCCCUCCGGAACGGGCAUAAUUGAAGAUAAUUUGAAAUAUAGGCCUUUGCGAAAGUGUGAAUUCUACACUCACCGUCUGGCACGGACUUGGUAGGAGACUACUCACUACGACAAUGUUAACAGCGUCGAAUAUGUUGCGAGUGAAUGAAUUUUGGUGAGCAGUGCUCAGUGUUUUGUAUGCUCAAUAAACACUGCGCAAGGGCGAUGCAUAACUUAGUGAAAGUUGGCAGAAGAGCGCUCACCGAUCGCGCUACGGAAGUCACUCAUCCUCUUGUGCCUUAGGGCUGUCUCCCGAGCCCCGCCAACAGCCGCACAGUAGCGCGUGAUAUAGGCAGGGCAGCAUUACUGACAAUGACAAGGGAGACCGGGAUGGCCAUUUCUGGUUUAUUGGCUGUCGUCAAACGGUUAUACCCAGCCCUGAAGUGUGGACCACCUGAGGCUCUAUCCCGCGAUCCGUUGGCUGGGCAUGAGUGGCUGAAGACGGCUAAUAAGCCAGAAAUGAUCAUUGCAGUCUCCCUUGUUUUUGUCCGUAAUGCUGUUCCGCCUAUAUUAUGUGCCGCUGUGCGGCUGCUGACAGGGUUUAAGUGAGAGCCCCAAGGCACAAUGGGACGAGCGAUUUCCGUAGCGCGAUCGGUCAGGGCCCUUCUACCGUUGUACAUACCCGGUCGCAACCGACAGCACAGCGAGCGCGUGGGUCACUGGUUAGAGGCAUGGGCUUCUAACUACCAGGUCGCGAGUUCGAGCCCUAGGUGUUCCACACUUCGGGGUCGAGUAUGACUGGCUGACGACGGCUAAUGAGUCAGAAAUGGUCAUUCCCUUUUCGCCUUUAUCUGUAAUGUUAUCCUGCAUAUAUAUAUCUAUAUACGCAUAGUGGUGGAGGGACGCUUGCCGAUCGUUUUACGGAACUCACUCGUCCCGUGGUGUCUUAGGGCUCUCUCUCGAGUCCAAGUAGCAGCCACAAAGCGGUGCAUGAUAUAGGCAGAUUAGCAUUACUAACAAAGCUUCAGGUGUUCCACAAUUCGGGGUUGGGUAUGACUGGCUACGACGGCUAAUAAUCUAGGAAUGGUUAUGCCGGUCUCUCCUAUUCUUGUCGGUAAUGCUACGUACUGAAAGAUUUUUUCAACUUUUCUGAGUGCUUAGUCCAGACAGCAAAGUGUAGAAGACUGUAAUUUAGUCAACCUUACCGUAUACCACUGAAGGAGGUUAAUAUGCUAUUACAAAUUAUGUUUUAAACGGAAUAUUUGUUCACCAAACGCGGAGCACAAGUAUAACCUAAAAGUCCUAACACACACUGUGCAAUCGAGAGAGUCUGAUACAAUAUGCCUGGGGCCCUUUUUGUAGGUUUGUAGUAAAUAAACGAAGAUUUUCAAUUGAUUUUCCUGUAGCCGUCACGUGGUUUCAGUGUGUUUGCCACUUGGUAAAAACGAAAAGUGUUUUAAUAAUGGUCCCGUGCCUGGUAAAAUGCGGUACUUUCAUGGAUUCAUAAUACUUAGCCCGUACAUUUCUCCUUCUGGAAAAUUAACCUUACCCUGAGGGUUUCUGGUUAGUAUCAAACAUGUACCAGGCAAGACUGUCAUCGAUAUCGAGAGUUACAACAUUUCGCCUGAAAACUACAAGUUUGCGAGCAGCCAAUUCCGUUUUCCGAAGCCUUGGUUGUGAAGUAAACUUCUCAUUCCCGACUGAACGAACGCCAACCUUGAGAUAACAUGUCUGCAAUGAGCUAGUCGAGUCGGACAGUUGAAACGUGCACGGGGAUCGACAGUUCCCCGCAUGCCCUUAACCCCGCACACCAUCAUCGGGAGAUCGAAUAGGGAUCUGGCUGACUUUGUUGUCUAUGCGAGUACUUGUGACUACGGCCAGUAAAAGGUCGGUGCGAUCCAUUUAAUUGGCCUCAUAUGGAAGCAACCGAAUCGGUUUUUGAUUGCGAAGCAUUGAUUAUCGAGGGCAUAUUGUUGGCUGACUCGAACAAUCAGAGCAAAAUCUUCACUGUUUAAUUUAUCACCCGUCCUUAUUGUCUUCUGUGAGUUGCGGGCCUUACACUCAAGUUUCUUCAUUCCUCAUCAAUGACAGUAUCGAUUGUAGGUAAGUACUGCCCAUAUGAAAAGUGGCUCCUUUUAAACAGGUUUAUAGUAUUCACAUACAUACAGACAGCAGAAUCGUCUUCGGAUUCCGUAUAGUAGCGUAAAUUUUCAAAGUAUGUGCUGGAUGAUGCGUUUUUCAUGGUCCAGGGAAGUGAAGCUAACCGCUUGCCUGUCCAUUAUUUUUCUCAUUUUGAGUUACCGUUUGACGCUGGUUGCGUCCCUAAAACGAGUCACACAGUGGACGCGCUAUCAGAAGCUAUCAGGAAGGCGUACGCAUAAUAAAUUCCAAUAUUAGGGUGUGAUGGCGCGCUUAUAUGAAGGCUCACGUCCCGUGCACGUGCCGCCUCCUACUUCUGCAUAAAAUCCUGGUCAGUAUGCGUUGUGAAGUAGGGCAUGUGGUGGCACGCCUAUGUGCGGGUUUCCGCCGCGUCAGUCACGUGUACCCUCUCCCGCCUCCGACCUUUUUGACUCUGUCUUGACAUCGGGCCCAGGUGAGGGGGAGGGGAGAGGAGAGAGGAUGGCGGACGCUGCGAAAGUCUACUACCACUUUAAGCUACCUCGCACGCAAGUCACCAUCCUUGCUCUCACAAUAAUGUGGAACACGCGGUGGACAUUGUCGGCAACGACGGCCGAACAGCAUUUUAAUGAUGAUGCUGAUACCUAGCCCCGUGCUCUCAUUCGUUGUUUGAAAGCAUCUGUCUUAACUGAGAAGGAUGGCGUGCAUACAAGGUGACCAAGUCCCUCAGUAGUGUUUCAUUGGGAGGUUAAGUUGGCCUUGCUGUUUUGGACAUCCUACUGAACUCCAAUGUUAUAAGAGGAGCUUAUACACUUUCAGUGCAAAUAAGUGGUACUAAGCCGCUGCCUCCGCUAGAAAUCCGUCCAGACUGUCUUCUAUGAGCGUUUUCGGGACAAGUAUUUAUCAUGAUUUGGGCGCUUAAAAAAUAUCCCUGCUCCAUCAGACCAAAUGGCGUAAAAUAAAACGAACUACAAAAAUGUGUUAUCCAGUAGCACAUUGAUUGUCUUAUUGGAAAUUUUGUCUUGUGUUUGGGCGAAAGGCGGGAGUUGAGUGCUCAUGGCUCUGUACGGUGGCGUCAGAUCGAUAAAUCGAUUGUUAUCGGCCUGUUUUGUUUCCGGCGUGGGCGUCUACCUUGCUGGCUGUGAGGUUAAAAUCAUGACCCAUUUCAUAGGUGCGGGUGGCCACUUGUGAUAAUUCUUCACCUUGUCCACAGCCAGCUUGUGUUCGAGUAUGCGCGGUUCGAUCAUGAGUCUAUAAAACGUCCUUCUGUGUGACUCGAGCGUUUACCACUAUAAUUUUCAUACCCAUAGCAUCUAAAUGUUAUAGGCAAAAACACAGAAAGCUCUCACUAUCGAAUUUUUGGUGUCAUGAAAACCCCUGGUAGGAGGACGGCUGGGAGGAGUGAGGUUCACGAUCUGUGAGGAAGUGCGUAGGCCGGCUAUAACCAACUUUCCCACGCUGGGGCUUCAACCGGGGAAGAAUAGGAACUGUGAUUGACGUUUUUUAGCGUUGCAGCCCUGCGGGUGGGGGAGGGGGGGAAGGGUAGAUAGUGCUGUCACCGUUGUGCUUUUGAGGUAGGGGUGGCCGCGCAUGUAUGCUCCUAGGCCCUCUUAGUGACAGCCGAGGUGGACAUAGUUAUCACUGGAGUUAACAUCCUCGUCGGUAGGCAGCGUACCCACGGCCGUCGUGAUCUUCCACUCGUAACGACGGCGGCUUUUAUGUGUGGUCAUAACAACGUUGGACAGGAAGUCAUUCCGGUGGAGCAUUGGUUACUGUUUGACGAGAUAAGUAGCAAGACCUAGGGUAUACGGUAAAGAGCGUUGCUCUGCCUCCCAUCCGGAAGUUGACUUGUGACUCCUUGCAGCGCUCUCUAGAGGGAGGACAUGGAUUUGCGUGUAAUGUGGGUGUUGUAACGGACCUUUGGAGGUAUCUUUUACGUGAGAGAGAGUUCCCACUCAGAAAGUAAUCCACUUCUGUCAAGAUGAAGAUUGGAUCUGGAGAAACUUAUUGGCUGCCGACUAGAGUAAAUCACCCUAAAACAGGUCUCCGCUGUUGAGCUAUUCGAAGUCACGGUUUUCGGGUAUUCUGGAAGCGCAGCUCUCGUCGGUGACGCCUUUGGACUCAAGUCGUCAGAAGACAUGAUCAUUAUCAGCACAAGUGCGCUAAAGAAAACGUCAAGAUGAAGCACAAUGGUGGACAAAUUAAACAUGCAGAAAUCUCACAAAUUGUGUGUUCUAAGGCACUGAAAAGGUCGGUGUGAGAACUGUAGACCACCUCAUCCAUGAUCUUGCUGAAAACCAGCAGGGCGAACGCCUUUGUUCCUUUUUCGACGUUGUCGACAGUGACAGAUGUUAACAUCUCCAAUAAUUCUUACAAAUGCUUAAAAUUUUUGUCAAUGUUAUAGGAUGGUAAUUUCACUGGUUAGUUAGAGCACAGUUGGUCAAAGAAUGUAGGCGUGAGAAGAUUCAUAUAAAUGUUUCACUAGUCUGAUGAGCGACGUAUCGUGUAGUCGAGUUCCUUCCACGCAGUGACGGAGGGAACCUAAAAUAUCGGUAAAUAGUUGGAAAUAAUCUCUGCAAUGAGGAUGUAGUAGACAUGGGAGUUCACAAGAGAUAGCUAGAAUAAAAUUCCCCAUUGUUCGACUUUUCAGAGAAGAAGAAGAAGAAGAAGAAGAAGAAGAAGAAGAAGAAGAAGAUGAUGAUGAUGAUGAUGAUGAUGAUGAUGAUGAUGAUGAUGAUGAUGAUGAUGAUGAUGAUGAAGAGGGAAUUGGGGACGAGGAGUGGGAGUGGGAAGGGGAGAAGAGGAGGAGGAGGAGGAGGAGGAGGAGGAGGAGGAGGAGGAGGGGAUGGAAAGGCAGGGUGCAGAACCAUCAGCCUGCAACAGCCGACGUUGGCAAACAAAACGAGAAUAAGUUGAAGAGAAAAAAACUGGCCACGUGA